AUGUCUGAAUCAACAACAACAACAUCAUCACCAUCAGCAUCAACAACUUCAGCAUCGUUUAUCCCCGACACUGAAACGGAAAUAUUAAAUGGUUUUGGUUCAGCACCAAUUUCCUCCGAUACUAAUCAAUUAAGAACCACUAAACGGUGGUCAUUUACUAGUAAAACUAGACCCAAUAUGGGAGAUUCAGUAAAGAAUGGUCCACCAGCAAAUUAUGUCCCCAAGAGAAGAAUGAGUGAUAUUACUGGUAUUGAUGCUGUUCAUAAUCAAAGAAAUCCACUGGAUUCAUUAGGUGGAGCACAAUUAUAUCUGACGGAAUCAGGUCGAUUAUUUCAUGCUGGAGAAAUCAUUAUUAUUUUAGCGGGGAUUCCUGGUCGAGGUAAAACUCAUCUUUCAGUAUCUUUAACAAGAUAUUUACGAUGGUUAGGGGUUAAUACUCAUUCUUUCCAUUUAGGUAAUUAUAGAAGAGCUAAUGCUGAAGAUGAUAUUACUCAUGAUUUAUUUGUUCCUUCACCUCAAUCAGCUAAAGCUCAUGCUUUAAGAGAAAAAAUGGUUAAUGAUUGUCUUGGUGAUAUAUUAAAUUUUUUCCGUAAUGAUGGAGGUCAAGUAGCUAUUUAUGAUGCUACAAAUGCCAUUCCUGAAUAUCGAUUAGAAUUACAUAAAAAAUUCCGUGAUUUAAACAUUCAAGUAAUAUUCAUUGAAAGUCUUGUUACUGAUGAUUCUAUUGUCAUGCAUAAUAUUGAACAAGCAGCUAAAUCUUCUCCAGAUUAUCAUAAAUGGGAUUAUGAUAAGGCCUAUAAAGAUUACACAGAAAGAAUUAAAGCAUUAGCACCUCAUUAUAUUGAAAUGGGGGGAUCUGAAGAAGAAGAAGAAUUAUCUUAUAUAAAAUUUAUAAAUUUUGGUGAAAGAAUUGAAUUACAUAAUUCAAAUUAUGGUUAUUUGAUUAAUAAAGUGGUAUUUUAUUUAAUGAAUGGGAAGAUUAAACCUGGUUCUUUAUAUUUGGCAAGAUGUUAUAAAAAUUCCGUUGAUUAUAAUCAAGAUCCUCCAUUAGAUGAAGAAGGGAUUAAAUAUGCCAAAAAUUUAACUUAUACAUUAUUUGAUCAUUUGGAAAAAUCCGGGAACCUUCAAGAAAAACAACAACAACAACAACAACAAGAAGCAACUCCUAAAGAUAAUAAUUCACUUGCUAUUUGGACAUCAGUGAAAAGAAGAACUAUCGAAACCACUCAAUUUUUCGCUGCCAAAAACAUCCCCAUUAGACAUCGAGUUCAAUUAUCUCAGAAAAAUCCUGGUAUAACUGGAACAUUAACUGAUGAUGAAAUUAGAGAAAAAUUCCCUAUAGAAUAUGCUCAAUAUGAUCAUAGUCCAUAUCAUUAUCGUUAUCCAAGAGCAGAAUCAUAUCAUGAUUUAGCGAUUAAAAUUGAACCAUUAAUUUUAGAAAUGGAAAGAAUGAGUGGUGAUUUAUUAAUUAUUGCUGAUGAAACCGUAUUACAAGUUUUUUAUGGUUAUUUAAUGUCUUGUUCUUGUGAUGAAAUACCAAAUUUGAAUUUUAAACCAAAUGAAAUUGUUGAAGUUAAAUUCAAUGCUUAUUCAAAUUCUGCUAAAAGAAUCCCCAUUAAAGAUUAUUCUUAA